AUGGCGGCACUGCGGUCGGCUUUCUCCCAGCUACGGGACAUCCUGUCCCUGGCACAUCUCAUCACCGAGAGUAACAUCAAGGCUUUUGUCGCGCCGACCGUGCUUAACGGUUUGCUGGCUGUGGGAUCCGGGGGCGUAACGGCGGACAUUCCCAGCUGGCUGGACCUGGCCACGGCCUUCCCCAAGAUAGCGCUCUACAUUUGGCUCUACGACCUCUACUUCGAUUGCAGCAACCAGAAGGACCCGGGAUCCAUCGAGGAGGACAGGCUCAACAAGCCCUGGCGGGCGAUCCCGUCGGGACGACUCAGCAUCGAGGCCGCAGAGCGCUGGUACCGGUGCUCGGUUUGCAUCCUGCCCGCGGUCGCCCUCUGGUUCGGCGCCCUUCCUGAGGCGAUCGCCUUCAUGUUGGAGACCCAGGCCUAUGACCGCCUGGAAGGUGGUUCGACCUGGUGGGGCCGGUCGAUCAUCAACCCGCUCUUCUUCUCGACCAGCCAACUUGGUGCGAUCCGUGUGGCAGCGGGAGGAUUCACAACCGUGAACAAAGUGUGCUACGAGUGGUGCUUCAUACACGCACUGUUGAUUCUCACGACUAUUCACACCCAAGAUUUCCGGGAUCUGGACGGUGACAAGGCCCGCGGCAGGAACACGCUGCCCCUGGCCCUGGGCGACGGGGUCACCCGCGUCCUCAUGUCGUCCUUCAUUGUCUUCUGGUCCUUUGCUUGCCCGGCCUACUGGGAGUGCUCCGUCGUGGGCUACCUGCUGCCAGGGCUUCUCGGAAUCUUCGCGGCUGCUCGCUUCCUGCUCUGCAGAACACGCAAGGCGGACCGUUUCAGCUUCAACGUCUACAGCUUGCUGUGGCUGCCGGCAAUCUACGCCACCCCUGCGUUCAGCCAAGCCGUAGCGAGGGCGGCGUAA